AUGUCUGUAGCUCAGCUACCAGCCGGGGACCCUGAUUGUGCGCCGAAAAGGGCUAGAAUGGAGAUCCGACUGAUAUUGAGUUUUUCUGAUGAGGACAAGAUAGGAACCAUCCAGCCAUACAAUGAUACUUUGGGCAGUGGUGUAGAGAUUAUGUACCUUGACUUGUAUAGGGGGCUAAACUUAAAGCCUAAGGACCUGACAGUCUAUGAUUCACCUUUGGUGAGUUUCGACGGGAAGGUUGUCAUCCCAAAGGGUCAAAUCAGGUUGCCCGUGCAGGCGGGUUUAGAAGUGGUUGAAGUGGACUUCAUUGUGGUGGAUGCAUACUCUCCUUACACGGCCAUUGUGGCUAGACCCUGGCUUCAUGCCCUGGGGGCCGUUUCUUCUACUCUGCAUUUGAAAUUGAAGUAUCCAUCAAGGGAUCGAAUUGAGGAGUUCGUGGGGAGUCAAUCCAUGGCUAGGCAAUGCCUUGUGGCUGCAAUUAUGCAUCAACCUACGGCUGACUCAUCGGCCUCUACUGAGGGGGGCUUAUAG